AUGUCGAUGUCGAAAAGCUCGAAGAUGCUUCAGUUCAUCAACUACCGGAUGCGAGUGACGAUCCAAGACGGACGACAGCUAGUUGGGAAAUUCAUGGCCUUCGAUCGUCACAUGAAUCUCGUUCUCGGUGAUUGCGAGGAGUUUCGGAAAUAUCCUCCGGCGAAAGGUGGUAAGAAAAUCAACGAAGAAAGAGAAGUUCGUCGUACUGUUGGUUUGAUUUUGCUUAGAGGCGAAGAAGUGAUUUCGAUGACUGUCGAAGGACCACCACCACCGGAAGAAUCUAGGGCUAAAUCUGGAUCUGGAAUCGCUGUUUCUGGUCCCGGAAUCGGCCGUGCUGCUGGUCGUGGUGUACCUACUGCUCCGCUUGUUCAAGCUCAGCCUGGAUUAUCUGGUCCAGUUCGUGGAAUCGGUGGACCUUCUCCUGGGAUGAUGCAGCCUCAGAUCUCUAGACCACCACAGAUUAUUCGUCCUCCAGGACAAAUGCCACCUCCUCCACCUGCUUUUACCGGUCAAGGUCCUCCUCCGAUGAUGGGGAGAGGUGGUCUUCCUCCUCCACCUUUCGGUAUGAGACCACCACCACCUCAGCAGCAGUAUCCUGGUCCUCCACCGCCUCAGUAUGGUGGACAAAGGCCAAUGAUUCCUCCACCUGGACCUGGUGGUAUGAUGAUGAGAGGACCUCCUCCGCCUCGCCCUGGAAUGCCGCCUCCUCCCGGUGGUGUUCCGGUCUAUGCUCCGCCUCGUCCUGGCAUGCCGCCUCCUCCUCCAAAUCAUAACCAGCAACAGUGA